AUGCGUACCUCUACUCUUGCGGCCGCAGCCAUUGCCGUCACUGGCGCAAUGGCGAAACCCCGUUUCCUCAUGUAUUUCGACCAAUGGGACACGCAAAACUUGCCCGAUCGCUCCGUGACUGCGGGUGUCACCCACGUCACGACAGCUUUUGCCGGAACGACCUUGUUCACUGAUGGCGAGCAAUAUGAGCCAUUCAUGCCACUGGACCAGAUCCGUGCUCUCUUUGACGAAGGCACCAAGAUUUGCAUGGCUAUUGGUGGAUGGGGAGACACGGCUGGCUUCAGUGUUGGUGCCAAGACGCAGCAGACGCGCCAAACAUAUGCUCAGAAUGUCGCUGCUACAGUCAAGAGACUGGGCUACGACUGUAUUGAUAUUGACUGGGAGUUCCCCGGUGGCAACGGCCAGGACUACAUCCAGACUCCCAACUCGGAAAAGGCCUGGGAGAUCGAUGCUUUCCCGCUCUUCCUCCAGGAGAUUAAGAGCGCCAUUGGAGCAGAUAUUGAGUUGUCCAUUGCUGCUCCAGGUCGAGUUGAGGACAUGAUUGGCUACACGCCCGAGAACGUGGCCAAGAUUAACAGCAUUGUCGACUUUGUCAACGUCAUGACCUACGACCUCAUGAUGCGUCGUAUGAACACAACCACCCACCACUCCGGCGUUGCCAACUCCCUCGCCUCCGUCACCACUUACAUCGAACGUGGCCUCUCCCCCAGCAAGAUCAACCUCGGCUUCGCCUUCUACGCAAAGUACUUCACCACUGCUCCCGGCGUCAACUGCACGACUCCCGUCGGCUGCCCGACCGCCGUGCUCGAGGACGCCCAAGGCAACGACACCGGCCUCUCUGGCGCAAUCACCUUUGAAGUAUCGACUUAUGCCGGCGCUCUCGAGCACGCCGUCGCCAACGGCAUCGCGGACGAGGAGCUGGGCGGACAGUGGUGGUGGGAUUCCGACAAGGAAAUCUUCUGGACGUGGGACACGGCCGAGUUUGCCGCUCGCAAGUUCAAGGACAUUGUCGUUCCUAAGGGACUCGGUGGUGUUUUCGCGUGGGCGUUGGCGCAGGAUAGCCAUGAUUGGAGUCGGUUCGAGGCGAUGCAGGCUGGAGUCAAGGCUAUGCAGCCCGCGUUGGAUAUCGAGGUGGGCGUCAGGGCCUAG